AUGGUAACUCGUACCCAGGUAUAUCCUGGGUACGAGUUACCAUCGCGAAAAACUGUCACUAACAUUAUAAUUCCCACAUUAUAUGAUCAAUCAGUUCUACGAAAAAAAAGAGAAGAAAUAAACGAUAUUGAAUUUCUAUCUCUAACAACAGAUUUACGGACGUCUCGGGUCAAUGAUGCUUACAUUGCUGUUACGGGGCACUAUAUAACAAAAGAUCUUGUUCUUAAAACAUUUUUAUUAAAAUGUGCAGAGUUUAAAGAUACGCACAGCAGUGCGAAUAUUCAAGCUGCAUUGCUAGAAACUACCAACGAGUGGAAUGUAACAAAUAAAAUAAAUUUUAUUGUUAGUGACAAGGCAGCUAACGUCAAAAAAGCCAUAGCUGAUAUAGGGUGGAAGCAUUACGGAUGCUAUGGCCAUACGUUGAACUUAAUAGUGGAAGAUUCCCUAAAUUUAGUCAAAGCUUCUUUGGAUAAAGUUAAAACGAUCGUUCGACAUUUUAAGACAAGUACAGCAGCCCUAGAAAAAUUAUUAAAAGCGCAAUCACAGGAAAAGCCUGACAUAGUACCGAAGCGCUUAAUACAGGAAGUACCAACUAGGUGGAACUCUACGUUUGCUAUGUUACAGCGAGUUGAACUAGAAAAUCAAAUAUGUGCCACUGUUGCAAUUCUUAGAAAAGAUUUACCAAUCUUAACUGUCGAGGAAUGGGCAUUAUUUCACGAACUGUGCAAGAUUUUAAAACCUUUCGACGAAGCUACGAAAGCUAUGAGAGGUGAAGAUUAUAUGACAGCUAGUACCAUCAUAGUCAUGAUACGCUGUCUUGGAGAAUCGUGUAACCAACUGCUUCUGGAAGAAUUUAAUGUUACAACAAAUAGUGUAAUUACAGCACUUCGGACAGGCUUAGAUAAAAGAUUAGGUGUUGAGAGAAGUGGCACGUUCUCGUAUGUACAAUUUUAG